CAUGGAAUUCUUUUCCCCGCUCUUAUCCCCCUUUCCGCCAUCCCCGCCAGCCCCGCCCACCGGCCCGCGGCGCUGGCUGUGCUUGGUGGCCGCACCGAGCCCGUGCCCGACGCCGCCACCGCCGCAGCUAGUCCACGCCGCCGCCGCUCUACGGCUGAAUCGAGGCUCCAGCUCUAGGUCGGGGACGCCGCCCCCCACCACUCCAGUCCGAGGUUUCCGGGGGACGCGCCGACGUUGCCUAAUUUCAGGGCUUGGCGACGCCGCCAUCGGCCGAGUCCAGGACUCCAGAGACAUUGAACCGGUGAACCGGUGAAAACCUGAACCAAAGGCCUAACCGGUUUGAUCACCGGUCAGGUUUUUAAAACUACGCCCAAACUUCUCCUCUGCCCGCUUUGAGGUGACAGAAGCGGUGGGCGGCAGGGACGGAGUGGACGGAGUUGGCGCAACCAAACUGGAGGAGACCUCCAGCCUCAACAACCUGCCACGGAGCCGGGUUGAAACCCUAGCCUCCAAGCAGAGCGGCGAUGACGCGACGCCUCCAAGCCAGGGAACCUUGUUCGGCCCCGUCUCCGGCGAUGCCUCCCCGUAAUUGUUGUCCGACAGUUGGUUUGAUGAUGUACAUUGUCAGCAGAUUCCCCACUUCAGGCGUACUGAAUACAAAAGAUCAAGGUUGUCUAGGAACCACAGGGCUGUGCAUCCCUGUGGUGGAGUGCUCUCUGGAACUGCAGUGAGAGAAAGUCAGAACGAGGGCGUGCCCGCGAGGGUGCCGUAGCUACAUCAGUUUGCUUGUGCUUUACGGCGGAAAGGCUGCAUAUUUAUUGGCUGCAUUUUGUUCAUCUCCAAACUCCAAAUUCUAAUGCUCUCAGCGUCUAAACCCCUUCUCGCCCUGACUUCCCUUACUGCCAUGGCAAUUCGGCUACCGCCACAUACACCAACCCACUAUGCCCCGCCUCACCGGCGGACACCGCCAUUCCGCUCCAUCACGCGAGCGGCUCUUUCUCCUUCCACCACCGCAAUGGCAGUCUCGUUGCCGCCAUCUCCCAAGAAGGUUCUUGUGCCCAUUGCCAUGGGCACGGAAGAAAUGGAGGCAGUCAUCCUAGCCGGUGUCCUCAGGCGAGCGGGCGCUGAUGUAACACUGGCCUCUGUGGAGGACGGCCUCGAGGUUGAGGCUUCCUAUGGGACGCGCAUCAUCGCAGACAAGUCCAUUGCAGCAUGCGCUGACCAGGUGUUCGACCUUGUGGCUCUCCCGGGAGGAAUGCCUGGUUCAGUGCGGUUGAGAGACAAUGAGAUCCUUCAGAGAAUUAUGGUUAGACAAGCUGAAGAGAAAAGAUUGUAUCGUGCUAUAUGUGCUGCACCAGCUGUUGUUCUCAUGCCCUGGGGUCUUCACAAGGGAAGAAAGAUCACCUGUCACCCGUCGUUCAUAGGAGAUCUUCCAACAUUCCGAGCUGUUGAGUCAAAUGUUCAGGUUUCAGGAGAGCUCACUACUAGUCGUGGUCCUGGGACAGCAUUUCAGUUUGCUUUAUCAUUUGUCGAGCAAUUGUUUGGGCCUCAUGCUGUUGAAGAUGUGGAAAGUACUUUGAUUGAUGCCGGUCUUGAAAGAAGUACAGAAGUCAACAGAGUUGAGUGGCCUUUUGAUCACAAACCUCAGGUUCUCAUUCCAAUUGCAAAUGGGUCUGAGGAGAUGGAGAUCAUAAUGUUGGUGGAUAUUUUAAGACGGGCAAAUAUAAAUGUGGUGUUGGCAUCAGUUGACGAGUCCACAAAUAUUGUUGGGUCUCAAAGAAUGAAGAUUGUUUCUGAUAAAUGCAUAUUGGGUGCUUCUGAUUCAAAAUAUGAUCUAAUCAUUAUUCCUGGGGGACCUGAGGGAGCUGAGCUUCUUCACAGGUCUACAGCUCUUAAGAAGCUACUCAAGGAACAGAAGCAAGCAAGCAGGAUGUAUGGUGGGAUCUGUUAUUCUCCAUUGAUAUUGCAGAAGCAAGGUUUACUCCAGGAUAAAACAGUGACUGCUCAUCCUUCCAUAGUCAAUCAGCUCACUUGCCAAGUUAUUGAGCGAUCAAAGGUUGUGAUUGAUGGAAAUUUGAUUACUGGGAAGGGACUCGGAACAGUCAUGGAUUUUUCCCUGGCCAUUGUAAGAAAAUUCUUUGGCCAUGGGCGAGCGAAAGGUGUGGCAAAUGGAAUGGUUUUUGACUACCCAAAGAGCUGAAAUACCUAGCAUUUCUGCUACUACGGAGUAAUGCGCUGAAUGUUUGGUCCCGCGUCGCUCCGGCCCCAGGGGCGACACGGGCGGCGACCCCAGCCACCGAGGCGCUCGAGGCGCUCGGCCCUCCGCCGCCUCGCAGUCGCUGGUGCCUCCCGCGGGCAAAGCUCGUGCGGAGCGGGCGGUGGCGGAGUCUCCUCUCGCGCUGGCGGGCGCUGCAAGAUGGGGAUCUUGUGGUGUCGGGCAGUGGCUGGCGUCGGCGAGCGGCCUUGUGCCCCGGCGUGGAGGCGGUGGUCCUGCUGCUGCUUGGCAGUGCAUAAAUAUAGGUGUGCUAAUGCACUUCCAAACUGGAUGUAGCUGCGAAUAACUCGGGGAACAGAGUAAUAUUGACCAAGCAAAAAGAAAGUUUAGCACAAUAGUGCAACUACACAGGCUACUCACAUAACAUAGUUAUUACAACAUUCAGCGCCCACGAAAAAAGUAUAACCAUUAUCUUGAGAAAUUCCAGAUGCAGAAUCCUAUGCAUACUACUACACGAGUGCUGAACAGUUGGAUUGCCAAGAAUGGCUGUGCUGCCUACAUUCUAGUUGAAACCAAGCAAAUGGGAGGUAAAUUCCAUGGCCAUCACUUGCUCACUUCCCACUUGGUGAAGAGGAGGUGGUCAUCGUUCAAAUGCCUCAACAGACGAGAAGUCCCAUGCGUUUUUGGGUUGGCUGCAUAGUCCUUGUUGCAGUAGUUGCAAAUCUAUGGCGCUCCAUCCGUCCUCUUGAAGUGAUUCGAUACAUUUGAUCUUGAUUUUGAUUUUGAUCUUGGUGCA